AUGGCAAUGAGGAACCGCAGCACGGUCCCCGAGUUCUUCCUGCUCGGGCUGUCCGCCGACACCCAAAUCCAGAUUCUUCUCUUCGUGCUUUUCCUGGUGAUUUAUCUCCUGACCCUCGUGGGGAACCUGCUGCUGCUGCUGGUGGUCAAGGUGGACCGCCACCUCCACACACCCAUGUACUUCUUCCUGGGACAGCUGUCCUUCCUAGACCUCUGCCACUCCUCCGUCACGGUGCCCAAGCUGUUGGAGAACCUCCUGUCUGUGAAGAAAACCAUCUCAGUGGAGGGCUGUCUGGCUCAGGUCUUCUUUGUGUUCGCCACCGGAGGCACUGAGUCCUGCCUGCUAGCCGUGAUGGCCUAUGACCGCUACGUGGCCAUCAGCUCUCCUCUGCUCUAUGGCCAAGUGAUGAGCAGGCAGCUGUGUGCGGGGCUGGUGUGGGGCUCGUGGAGCCUGGCUUUCCUGGAUGCCUUCGUCAAUAUCCUUGUCGCUCUGAAUUUAGAUUUCUGUGAGGCUCAGAAUAUCCACCACUUCGUCUGUGAGCUGCCCUCUCUCUAUCCCUUGUCUUGCUCUGAUGUGUCUGAAAGCUUCACCACCCUGCUCUGCUCCAGCGUCAUCCACUUCUUUGGGAACUUCCUCCUGAUACUCUUGUCUUACGGUCGCAUCUUGCGGACCAUCCUGGGCAUCAGCUCCGCCUCAGGGAGAAGCAAGGCCUUUUCCACCUGCUCGUCCCACCUCACCGCAGUGAGCUUCUUCUACGGCUCAGGGUUACUCCGUUACCUCAUGCCAAAUUCCGGGUCAACUCAAGAGCUGAUCUUCUCUCUGCAGUACAGCGUCAUCACGCCCAUGCUGAACCCCCUCAUCUACAGCCUGAAGAACAAGGAGGUGAAGGCCGCCGUGAGAAGAAUGGUCAGAAAAUAUGUGCAGUGUCUCAAAUAA